CUCCUGGCUUCGGCCGUGUGGGACUUGCCGCCGCGGUGCCGGGCUGACCCCAGCCGCUCUGGAGCGACGGGGGAGGGCGCACAGGCCGGGGCCGAGAUGAUUUGAGACAUGUGGAUUUAUGAUAUGAAUUCAUUUGAAAAGCCACUCUGGGGAUAUGACUGUGAUUUCUGAUGAAACCAGAUUGGAAUAAUUUUCAUGAUAUUUGUAUAUUUAUAUAUAUAUAUUUUAAAAUUUUACAUUUGACUUAAAGUGCCAUGAGAAAAUUUGCAUAUUGCAAGGUGGUUCUGGCCACCUCCUUGGUUUGGGUACUCUUGGAUAUGUUCCUGCUGCUUUACUUCAGUGAAUGCAACAAAUGUGAAGAGAAGAAGGAGAGAGGGCUUCCUGCUGGAGACGUUCUAGAGCUAGUGCAGAAGCCUCAUGAAGGUCCUGGAGAAAUGGGGAAACCAGUCGUCAUUCCUAAAGAGGACCAAGAGAAGAUGAAAGAGAUGUUUAAAAUCAAUCAGUUCAACCUAAUGGCAAGUGAGAUGAUUGCGUUCAACAGAUCCUUACCAGAUGUGAGGCUAGAGGGGUGUAAAACAAAGGUGUAUCCAGAUAACCUUCCUACAACGAGCGUGGUGAUUGUUUUCCACAACGAGGCAUGGAGCACACUUCUUCGCACAGUCCACAGUGUCAUUAACCGCUCUCCAAGGCACAUGAUAGAAGAGAUUGUUCUUGUAGAUGACGCCAGUGAAAGAGACUUUCUGAAAAGACCUCUAGAGAGUUAUGUGAAAAAACUUAAAGUGCCAGUUCAUGUAAUUCGAAUGGAACAACGCUCUGGGUUGAUCAGAGCUAGAUUAAAAGGAGCUGCUGUGUCCAAAGGCCAAGUGAUCACCUUCUUAGAUGCUCACUGUGAGUGUACAGCAGGGUGGCUGGAGCCUCUGUUAGCCCGGAUCAAACAUGACAGGAGAACAGUGGUGUGUCCUAUCAUUGAUGUGAUCAGUGAUGAUACUUUCGAGUACAUGGCAGGCUCUGACAUGACCUAUGGUGGAUUCAAUUGGAAGCUGAAUUUUCGUUGGUACCCUGUUCCCCAGCGAGAAAUGGACAGAAGGAAAGGUGACCGGACUCUUCCUGUCAGAACACCUACAAUGGCCGGAGGCCUUUUUUCAAUAGACAGAGAUUACUUUCAGGAAAUUGGAACAUAUGAUGCUGGAAUGGAUAUUUGGGGAGGAGAAAACCUAGAAAUUUCAUUUAGGAUUUGGCAGUGUGGAGGAACUUUGGAAAUUGUGACUUGCUCCCAUGUUGGUCAUGUGUUUCGGAAAGCUACACCUUACACAUUUCCAGGAGGGACAGGGCAGAUUAUCAACAAGAACAACAGGCGGCUUGCAGAAGUGUGGAUGGAUGAAUUCAAGAAUUUCUUCUAUAUCAUUUCUCCAGGUGUUACAAAGGUAGAUUAUGGAGAUAUAUCAUCAAGACUUGGUCUGAGACAUAAACUACAAUGCAAACCUUUCUCUUGGUACCUAGAAAAUAUUUACCCUGAUUCUCAAAUUCCUCGUCACUACUUCUCAUUGGGAGAGAUACGAAAUGUGGAAACAAAUCAAUGUCUAGAUAACAUGGCUAGAAAAGAGAAUGAAAAGGUUGGAAUUUUUAAUUGCCAUGGUAUGGGAGGUAAUCAGGUUUUCUCUUACACUGCCAACAAAGAAAUUAGAACAGAUGACCUUUGCUUGGACGUUUCUAAACUUAAUGGCCCGGUUACCAUGCUCAAAUGCCACCACCUAAAAGGCAACCAGCUCUGGGAGUACGACCCAGUGAAAUUAACCCUGCAGCAUGUGAACAGCAAUCAGUGCCUGGAUAAAGCCACAGAAGAGGACAGCCAGGUGCCCAGCAUUAGAGACUGCACUGGAAGCCGGUCCCAGCAGUGGCUUCUUCGAAAUGUCACCCUUCCAGAAAUAUUCUGAGAGCAACUUUACAACAACAAAGAAAGAAGGACUGACUGGGCUACCUCAGCUACAUUUCUGCCACAUUCUCAAGUAGCAAAGAAGGAAAGCGUUUCCUCUUCUGUGGGAUGUUAAGGUUUGUCAGCCAUUAAAACUCAGACUCGUAGCUUUUCACGUGCUGUGAACCAGCCUUCCUGUCCCAGGACACGAGAUUGCAAAGUAGUGAGACUGUGCACACUGAUGUUUACAAGAUGGAAGCGUCUUCAUCAAGAACAGUGGCAAAGCCUUCAGAUCCCAAAACAGGCGCGCACGUGCUCUCGGGAUAGAUGCACUUUCUACAGCUUGCAUGCACGUCAGCCCUUUCUGCUGAAUGUGCCUUGUGAAGAAGAGAUUUCCUGAUUAGAAUCAGUAGCUGGAAUAUUAAAUAUUGAUAGAAAAGUAAGUGGAAAAGAACUGGAACCAGGUUCAGAAUCAUGAAAACAUUUUUACAACAAUAAAAAUUAUGUCAAACAGGGUUUAAAGGAAAUUAAAAUGAAUUAUGAGAAGGACAAUUUGUUAUAGUAUAGUAUGAGAUUUCUAUAUAGAUUUUAUACCUCAGUGGGGAAAAACUGAUUCCAGUGACGUUCAUGUUGUUUUCAUCUGUGAUAGUCAUGGAUGCUUCUAUUUUCCUUGGGGUGCUCAGAAUGAGACAGUGGGCGGGUGGAGCUCUCUGAACAUAGUUUUUAUUUCUUUUUACAAUAUUAUUAUUUGGUUUGUGGGCUGUUGGAUUAUAAGUUUUAAUUGCCAUUCUUUUAAAAAAAAUGGAGAUUUACUAUGCCUGGUCUCAAUUGGAAAAUUAUAGAUCUCUCUCUGUUGUUCUUGGGUCAGAUUGGCUUACAGACUGCCUCACCCCACCCUCCCUCCUCCACAGUUUCUUACCAUGUUUUCAACUUCACUCUGUUGAGCUAAUUGUGCUUGAUACCAAGACUCAUGCUACUGUAUUGCAGGUUUGUUUCCACAGCAAUAACCUCUCCGACCCCUGCGAGUCACUUAGCAAAGGCUUACAAGGAGUGCUGUUUAUCUGGCAAUUGGAGAUGAUAUAUUUGGAGGGUUUUUUGAAAACCUUUCCCACUCCUCUUACAGGUGUGCUUCACUGUCAGAUGCACAUUUAGGUCAGUCUUGAGUUGUGAUGUUGAUUUGCUGCUUUUUUUAAAAAAUAAAAAUUGACUGAAAAUGUUUAAUUGGCAUUUUUUUAAUGAGUUAGCCAAAAAAGUGCAGCUAUGAUUCCACAUUACAGUCCUUCAUUUCCUCCCUCAAUUCCAUUUUGUUAUUUGAUUUUCCUUACUCUGGUUUUUAGUAACGAAAUCACAUAUUAAAAUUUGCUGUUAACUUUUUGAUUUUGCAGAAAUCUCAUUGACAUUUUCCAUAGCAACCCAUUGGCCAAAAUGCAUAUGUUCUGCUUCCUGUCUGUCAGGAGAUAUUUAAUUGUAUUCCUUUUUUUUUUAAUUAUCAAAGCCUUGCUGCAGGAAGUGCUGCUUCUUGUGCUUAGGAAUGUUCCUGGAGUCCGCGCAGCAGGGACAUUACUGCUAUGUACACGCCCUUUCUCAUCACCCAUCCAAUCAGCAUCGAACACAUGGAUGCUUUAGGGUAAGGCUUCCCCAGGGUGCAGAGACUCCCCGUGAAACCUGAAAGGAAACAGGCGUUGUCUGGAAUACUUUUCUCCUCUGUGAGAUAUGUUAAUUCUGUCUCCAAUGGGCCCAAUGUUUGAAAAGUCAGAUGUCUAAUAAAUUAUUUUCAUGCUCAGAAUUUCAGAAUUUUGUACCCUAACAACAUGGUUUUAUUCCUUAUUGUAAAAGUUUAACAGCGUUGUGAUAUAAAAAUGUGUCUCACUUUUUAAGUGGGGGGAUGUGAGUGACUUAAUUCAUGGGUACUUUUAGAACCUAUUAGAUAAUCUUAUUGCCUUUAUUUUUCUAAUUAAAAUAUUCCUAAAUACUUUGAAAAUA